CUUAUAAAUACAUACCAAUAAUAAAGCCAUUUGUCAGGCAUAACAAUCUCAUAUGCUAUUUAAAUAUCGGUUUUCCUAAUAAAAUUCUUCUUACUGUGCUUCCUGUUCUCAAAUAAAAUUCGUGUCAUUGAAGCGGUCCGAAAAGAACGUCAAAGAAAACUUGCCAUCUCUCGCAACGGUCAUUGAACUUGAAUAUAAUAACGAAAAAGCCACUAUCAUAAACCAUGGCAAGCUCCAACUCAGUGGACGAGACCAGUCCUAGCUACUACAAUCCAUCACAAACAGCUCUGCUGCUCCUAGACUUUCAUGUGCUCUUCGUCCAAAAGGCUGGCGGACCAAAAGCCUCUGCAGCUCUCCAGAACGCAAUUAAGCUAAAGAGUUGGGCCCAGUAUCAGGGAAUCCGAGUGAUCCACUGCCUCAUUGACAGGCAUAAGACAACAUUUCCGACCGCGAAGGGUGCCAACAGGCUUAGUGGCUUUCUUAGUGCCAUGCAAGCAAGCGGCGGUGAAGAGGCACCUGAACUUAUUGAUCAAAGCAGUGACGACAAAACAUUCACAAGAACUCCGGGACAUGUGUCGGCACUCAAGUCCCCUGGUUUGGAAGCUUACCUCCAAAAGAAUGGUAUCAAGUCACUCAUUAUUACUGGACUAAGUACGUCUGGAUGUGUUUUGAAGACCGCACUUGCAGCUGCAGAUGCCGAAUUCGUGGUGUCCGUUAUCUCGGACGGAUGCGCCGAUGGAGAUGAGGAAUUACAUGAUGUUUUGGUCAGAAAAGUGCUCAACCAUCGGGGAUAUGUAUACACUACUGCCGAGUUUCUGCAGGAAUAUGCUAGCAGGAAAUGAGUGAAUCUGCCUCCAUUCAGGCAUUUUCAGCAUGAUCGCAGGACAUGAGCAUGGUAUUGGUUGGUAUCAGGGCUUUGAUCCCAAUUUCAGGUCCUUGCUUCUCCGCCUGUAAAUACCCAAUCUUGUUGUUGCAUGCGAGGCUCGUGGUUAAUAAGAAGAGUGUGAAUAGGAAUAAAUUCAGCUUAUGGAAUGGUAUUU